AUCUUCUCCUGCACCCCUGACGCUUGGACCGCAGCAUGCAGCAACCAGGCCGGCUGAGGCUGAGGCCGUGGCUGGAGGAGCAGAUUCAUUCUGGGAGGUAUCCAGGGGUCAGCUGGCUGGACCAGUCAGCACAAAUCUUCCAAGUCCCAUGGACACAUGCUGCUCGCCAUGGCUGGAGUAUUGACCGAGAUGCUACUCUCUUCAGGAGUUGGGCCAUGCACACUGGACGCUACCAUCCAGGCGAAGACAAGCCAGAUCCCAAGACGUGGAAGGCAAAUUUCCGCUGUGCGUUGAACUCUCUUCCGGACAUCUGUGAGCUGCGGGAGCACAGCAGGAAGAGAGGCAGCAACGCCUACAGAGUCUACAGGAUGCUGCCCAGUACCCAGGCCCACCGGCGCAGGAGAGGGCUGCGGUCCAGCAGGCACAGAGAGAGGCAGGCCAGUUCAGGUGAUGGUACCAACACCGUGCACAGUCGGCAACCCACAACAAUAAGACUCAACUCAGACCUAACACAGAGGGUUGAGGCCCCUGCAGAGGACGUAUCCAGCAGCUCUCAAGCUCACGGGAUGUGGGAGGCCGAACCAGAGGAGCAGGAACAGACUGAGGCUGUGUUUAAGCUGAUGGACCAUUUGAGCAACGCCGACCUCUGGAACCAAAGUGGGGAACAGAGAAAAUGGAGAACACACACACUGUGGGACCACUGGCACUGUGCUGGUGAUGAUAACUCGUACUCUCUGCACCAGGAGAACCACUCUGAUCUGUUUGGUCCGAAUUACCUGAAGGAGCUCUCUGAUUGGUCCACAAAUCAGCAAAACCUGAUGCUGUAGCUGUGGACCAGUGCUUCUCCUGUUGAACAUAUAAUAUACAUACUAUAUGUUGUUUCUAACCUUCAGCUGUUUCCUCCUCCUGUCCAUCUGCUGUUGUGCAUAUGAUACCUCAAGCAUGACACCAUUAAAUAGAGUGCCUUUGGGCCGUCAAUAAAUUUGGUUAUCAGAAAAACUAUGAAGACAAAGGACCCCCUGGAAUGUUUACACCAUGUGGUUGUGGUCAC